AAUAUAUCUGUAUAAUCUUAAUGAUAUGAAUUGAUUCAUAUAUUUGUAGAGUGAUGUUUUGGUUAAAUAUAUCAAAGUCUUUUGUUACUUCUGUUUUUUACUUCAAGUUGAAAAAUACAACAGAACGGUUUUGUUUUAUUUUCUGUCUUGGUGUUUACAUAUUUCUUCUUGAGGUUUCAGGACAAAUGUUUCCAGGAAGAUUACGUCCUGAAAAUGUGCGAGUAACAGUUGAAAAUCAGUAUGAAUGCUUGAUGAAGAAGAUUAUGCCAUAUUUCAAUAAACCCUAUAAUACAGAAUUAGAAUUGAAGCAAAGUAGUGCUUGGAUGAUAUUGAAAACGUUAAAAGAAAGGUUGUUACUAUUGGGGACAGAAAUUCCUGAUUUUCCUGUUGAAAAGAUCAUACCAUCACCAGAAAUCAAUCAGUAUAGGAACAAGGAUGAUUUUAGUGUUUACUACGGAGUUGAUGGGAGCAACACAACAGUGGGCUAUCUGACUGGAACUCCCAGCUUACCUGGGUGUGUGGCUGUCAGACCUACCUAUCUCACCCACAUCAAGGACUCACAUAAGCGCCUGGCUUUGCUCUUUGAAGAUUAUAUAAAAAAGUCACCAUACAGAGUAUGUUAUCAUUUUCGAGGUGGAGGAUUCUGGAAGCGUUUAUCUGUGCGAUCGAAUGAAGCUGGAGACCUAAUGGCAAUAAUAAUAACACAUCCCUAUGCACUUACUAAAGAUGAAAUGAUUCAAGAAAGACUGAACUUAACUCAAUAUUUUAUUAGACAUGAACCAAACAUAGUGCUUUAUCAUCAAGAAUGUGCCAAAGUUGACUGCAGCAGUGAUAUUAGUUCCUACAUACAGCUGACAGGAAAGCGUUCAUGUCUUCUGGAGAAAAUGGGAAAUUUUACAUUUCAAAUAACGUCCCACUCAUUUUUUCAAGUUAACAAGAAAGCAGCUGAAAGAAUGGUUGAGUCGAUUUGGAAUUGGAUGAAUGUAACAAAUGGGGCCACCUUCAUUGACCUGUACAGUGGUGUUGGAUUGUACAGUAUUAUGGGGAGUCAUCUGGUGAAUAAUUCUGUUGGCAUUGAAAUGCUAGAGGGGGCAGUUAUUGAUGCUCGCAAAAAUGCUGAAUUAAAUAACAUUACGAAUUGUGAAUUCAUUGCAGGGCGAGUUGAAGAUAAUUUAUCACAUGUCUUGAAGAAAAAUUUUUCACAAACCAAUCAAGUAUUGGCAGUAUUGAACCCGGACGUGCUGGAGCAACUAAAAGAGUUAUAACUUUACUAAGGGAAGACAUAAGAAUCAAGAAACUGAUGUUUGUGGCAUGCAAGCCAGACAACCGUUUCACCAUGGGCAAUUUUAUCCAACUUUGCAGAAGAGGAGGCCAUUUGAGAGGAGCUCCAUUUCACAUAAAGAGUGUGAGGUUGUUCGAUUUAUUUCCUCGUACACUUCAUUAUGAAAUGGUUUUGGAGUUCAUCAGAUAAUAUAAAUUUGUGAUGUUUAGUUUCAUUUAUUGAAAGGAACAGAAUAAAAAUAUUUUUUGAUA